AUCGCGGCAGAACGUAAAGCCGAAGCGUGCGCGCCACUCCGAGACGAAGAGCCGCACGCGUGAUGCGCGGGACAUAAUGGUGGAUAGGUAACGUUAGUGGAAACCGUCCACAGCUCAAAGAGAGUUGACCAAUUUGUCAACCCAUUUCCCACGGCCGUUGCCACGGACCCUCUGAUUUUACAGCUGUACCCGAAGGGCGCCCCGGACCGCAACGGAAAAUGCCGAAUAUCAAAAUAUUCAGCGGUAGCUCGCACCCGGACCUGUCUCAGAAAAUAGCAGACCGCCUGGGUCUGGAGCUCGGGAAGGUCGUGACGAAGAAAUUUAGCAACCAAGAAACAUGCGUGGAGAUCGGAGAGAGCGUCCGUGGGGAGGACGUCUACAUCGUCCAGAGCGGCUGCGGGGAGAUCAAUGACAACUUGAUGGAGCUGCUCAUCAUGAUCAACGCCUGCAAGAUUGCCUCUGCCUCCAGGGUCUCCGCCGUCAUCCCCUGCUUCCCGUACGCCCGGCAGGACAAGAAGGACAAGGUGGGGAGCCGUGCCCCUAUUUCUGCCAAGCUGGUGGCCAACAUGUUGUCAGUGUCUGGGGCCGACCAUAUUAUUACUAUGGACUUGCACGCCUCACAGAUUCAGGGGUUCUUUGAUAUCCCGGUGGAUAAUUUAUAUGCAGAGCCAGCUGUGCUGAAAUGGAUCAAAGAGAACAUUCCUGAAUGGAAAAACUGUACCAUUGUUUCGCCAGAUGCAGGCGGCGCCAAGAGGGUCACCUCCAUUGCGGACAGGUUGAAUGUGGACUUUGCUCUCAUUCACAAGGAGAGGAAAAAGGCAAACGAGGUGGACCGCAUGGUUCUUGUCGGCGACGUAACUGAUCGGGUUGCUAUUCUGGUGGAUGACAUGGCUGACACGUGUGGCACAAUCUGUCAUGCUGCUGACAAGCUCAUUUCUGCUGGUGCUACCAAGGUGUAUGCCAUCCUGACACAUGGCAUCUUCUCUGGCCCAGCCAUAACACGCAUCAACAAUGCCUGCUUCGAAGCUGUGGUGGUCACCAAUACGAUCCCUCAGGAGGAGAAGAUAAAGCAUUGUCCUAAAAUACAGGUGAUUGAUAUCUCCAUGAUCCUGGCAGAGGCCAUCCGCAGAACCCACAACGGGGAGUCUGUGUCGUACCUUUUCAGCCACGUCCCCUUGUAACAAGAGAUGUGUCCUGUGUGCCGUUACACCAAAUAAGGGAAGAGGGAAUUCUACAACACAAACGACCAUCCGCGAAAUGAUGUUCUGCUAACUAACUGGAAAGAGAGAAUGAAUUGUCAUGUGUCAUGUUAGUACUCACGCUGCCCCCCCCUCCUCCUCCUCCACGCUCCUUUCUGUCCUUCUAGUCCCUCCCCCCUCAGAAGUGUCCAUUCGUAUCUGGGAUCCAAACCAAUUUAGGCCAGCAUAUUUAUUGUAGUAUUGUACCCCUCUCCCCCCCUCCCUUUCUCAACAUUUAGGCACAGAGUUUCUCCUGGCCAGAUUACCUCUCCAGAGGGGUGUACUACAAACAGACAGAGUGGGGGUUCUUUGGCUCAGCUGCCUCAACAAAAACUCGUCAGAUGAGGGGAAAAGUGUCGUCAACUUGUUUUUUUUGUUUUUUUGACCCGAGCUUUCUAUACUACUCUCCUGUGGGCUUUUCCAUGAAAGCAAUUUGACUUAUUUACAGGAUCCGUCACAUGCAGAAUGCCGCUGCCUAAUAAUUAAAGCAAAACAGUUUCUGAAAUGAGGCGAGAGCUGCUGUGUUAAAUUGUGAGUUAUGUAUUUUUUAUUUUCCCACUCGUUGCUUAACCGAUCUAAACAUACUCAAUGUUUGCAUUUAGGUGACCCCAUAUCGUCAUGAAUGAUGGCCAAAUCAAAUGAAACGGAAUUGUAUUGAUUAACGGUGUUCCAUGCCAAUAGAUUUCUAGCUUUUCCAAUCUGUCUUCUAUUGGCUGCCACGCCCCAAAUAAGUUGAUUAGUAGAAGGCUGCUUCCUUUGGAACACACCACUUUUCUUGCCUCUGGCUCUACAAACUGCACUAAAUUUGCUUCGUAGUACAUCCCUCAGGUUUUUAUUUAAAUGUGCCCAAAAGAUGUGUGUACGUAUGUCCCUGACAGCUUCCAGUGGUCAGGAGACUCAUCAUCCAUAUAAAGCUGUUACAUUAACAUAUUGUUAAAAUGAAUGAGUCGUUUUUGAUGUUGCUCUUGUGUUAUCUGCUAUUUGAAAGAAUAUAAUUGAAGAAGUGAAUGUGUAUUAAACUAGUUUACAGUGCGACUGGAGCUCCAGACAAGCCAGGAUUGCCUCCGCAGUCUAAUGGAAUAACUUGAUUUCCUCCAGCCCUGCCUCUAUACCCCCAUUUAGCUGUGUUUUAUUUUCCAACUGGAUGAAGAACUUUCUUGUGUUUUCUCAGGCAGUGAAAGAUGUUUGGGAUGUCUCUUUCCACUCGACUGGGGUAUG